UUUGUAUGACGUCAGGAAGCCCGGAUAACACCCAACUUGUUGAGUAUUCAGUUUGUCCGCCGACUGUUUGUUGAUUCAAGCGUUUGUACUUACACAAAAAUGGACUGGCUGAUGGGGAAGGGAAAGAAGAAGGCAAGCACUUCAGAGGAAAAGAAGCUUUACAUGGAAGCGAAGUAUUUUGAGAACGGGAUCAUAGAAGGAGACCUUCACAGUAUGUUGACGUUACAUCCGGGUACUGACCAGAAUGAAUGGAUGGCAGCUCAGACGUUGUCGUUUUUUAAUCAUUUUAAUUUGCUGUAUGGAGCAAUUUCGGAGCUUUGCACUACGACGUCGUGCCCUGUGAUGUCUGCAGGAUCGUUGCAGUAUCAUUGGCAAGACGAAGCAAAAGGCAAGAAAUCCAAACUCUCUGCACCUCAAUAUGUUGAUCUUGUGAUGACAACAUGUCAGAAGAUGCUUCAAGAUGACAGUCUCUUUCCAACAAAAUUUGGGCAAACAUUUCCUCCCAAUUUCAUCUCUCUCGUCCGGAAAGUCUUUCGUUUGAUUUUCCAUGUGGCUGCUCACGUGUAUCACCAUCACUAUAGUGACAUUAUCCAGUUGGAAUUGUACAGACACUGGAACAGUCUCUUCACUCACUUCAUUUAUUUCUCGUUGAAAUUUGACCUUCUGGACCAGAAGGAACUGACGCCGCUUGCAAGUCUUGUUGAGUUUAUAUCAACUAAAGAUGGUACGAGGACAGAAUCAGUGCCGUCUUAGAUUGUCAAUUAAGAUUGUUUGCGUAGCAUAUUGUCUAUAUUAUGGACUAUAUGGAUCUAUGAUCUGUAGGAACAAACAUUUUAUACAAUCUCUCAAA